AGCUGAUGAUACAUCCGAAGUCCACGAAGAAAGAAUCCGCCCAUCUCUGAACUGAGGCAGUAGAACAACCUCUCUUUGUGCAGAUUUGUCACCGUUCGUAUCGAGUUUCACUCGGAUUCCUCUCUCCUGGACUCGAGUUCUGUCACGAGAACAUGUCGAAGGAAAACGUCGCGGACUACACUCCGAUCCCCACGUUCGAAACCCAAGAGCCGAACGGAAAGGAUCCCGCCCAAGAGGAAGAGAGCCAACUCCCUGCUAGCCGACGUUUCAGACGAACGUAUUUCACCCGGCGGGACUGCAUCAUUGUGCUCAUCGUUGUCGGCUUGGCGCUAGCGGCCAUUGUCGUGUCGUUGGUGUUCGGUCUACCGGCCUUGGAGGCGAAACGGCUUGCCAUGGCAAACGCGAACAGCACAGAAAGCGAGGAACUCAUCAGCAACCUGACAACGACAACAAUCGCCCCAAGCUCAUAGCAGAACAGAGCUAUUAUCUAUCUAUGAAGUGUAACAACGCCUCGGAUCCAGAUAAUACUAUCUUUCACGAAGAAUAAUUCGACUCGAACUCCCAUGGUUGUCGCGCUUUCGAAUACGAGAAGCCCUCUUCUCCCGAUAAAUUCUCAGAAUUUCACGCUCGCCCCGUCCGGAAGCGAGCCUCCUCAUCGAUCGCUAACUACAAUAAUAAUUCUCCGACGGCGAUGAUAAGCUGUGACCGUAAGCUCUCGGCCGGCACGUCAUCGCUCCCGAUGCGACUCUCGCACCACUUUCGAUUUCGAGCAACUUUCGUUUCGACAAUGAGUCCAUGAAUCCUGUUUCACUCCCUCUGAAAUUAUGUUGCCGAGGGCUCGUGCGCUCUCGGACAAUGAUCACACGCUGCAUAAUAGUGUCUGAACGGCGAAUGUACGACGAAUGAGAAUGUAUGUCGCGGCUACUUGAUGAUGCAGAAUGAUGAAACGAAAGAGUUGAACUAUUUUCCUAUGAAGUACAAAAAACUCAGUUUUCGCUGCUGUUCACUCCAGAAAUUCCUCGUGCCUUCGGAAAGCAACAAAUUUAAUAUAUUCCUGAAAAUUCAUAGAGAACGUAUUUUCGCCUCAUGCGGACUCCGUGCGGGGGUUCCGCAGCAAAGUAAACUUGGUACCUACAUGUAUUAGCUAAUAUAGAAUCGGACUUUGGUUUGGAGAUGGAGAUAGACAAUCCGAAUACGUAUUUUCCAAUAGCGUACUUUCUACAUGUUCUCGUACUCUCUGACUGAGCACACAAACACGCAAGCACGAAGACAAUUGUAUGACUUGUAUGGAAUUGAGAAUAAAAAACAAUUGUGCACCAAACC